AUGCUGGCGGUGGCUGAGCAGUACCUGGAGCAGAACAUGCAUCCGCUUAUCAUCAUUCAGGGGUACAGACAGGCCCUCGACCAUGCUCUGGAGGCCCUUAAAGACACCCUCAGGUACUUGGGGGGCUGUGGUAGGGCUGGGGGGGCACGGAGAGGAGCUACCCCCGCUGACCCCCUCGAACCCCCACAGAUCCCGGGAGGAGCCAUUGAAGAGAGCUGUGUGCUGGACGGGAUCAUGAUAAACAAGGAUGUGUUGCAUGCAAAGAUGAGCAGGAAAGUAGACAAUCCUCGUAUCAUUCUCCUUGACUGCCCGCUGGAGUACAAGAAGGGCGAGAGCCAGACUUCGGUGGAAAUGACUGCUGAGACGGACUUUACGAGGCUCCUACAAAUCGAGGAGGAGCACGUCAAGGAACUCUGCGCUGACAUCCUGGCCCUGCGACCCGACGUGGUCAUCACAGAGAAAGGCGUAAGUGACCUGGCCCAGCACUACCUGGUAAAAGCUGGCGUGACCUGCCUCCGUCGCGUCAAGAAGAGCGACAACAACAGGUUGGCAAGGGCUUGUGGGGCAACCAUCUGUAAUCACACUGAGGAGCUGAAGGAGUCCGAUGUUGGCACGCAGGCUGGUCUCUUUGAAGUUAAGAAGCCUCUCCCAGUGUAUCCCAGCCUCUCCCAGUGCAUCCCAGCCUCUCCCAUUCCACCCCAGCCUCCCCCAGUGCAUCCCAGCCUUUCUCAGUCCACUCCAGCCUCUCCCAGUGCAUCCCAGCCUCUCCCAGUGCAUCCCAGCCUCUCUCAGUCCACUCCAGCCUUUCCCAGUGCAUCCCAGCCUCUCCCAGUGCAUCCCAGCCUCUCCCAGUGCAUCCCAGCCUCUCCCAGUCCACCCCAGCCUCUCCCAGUCCACCCCAGCCUCUCCAAGUGCUUCCCAGCCUAUCCCAGUCCACCCCAGCCUCUCCCAGUCCACCCCAGCCUCUCUCAGUCCACUCCAGCCUCUCCCAGUGCAUCCCAGCCUCGUCCAGUGCAUCCCAGCCUCUCCCAGUGCAUCCCAGCCUCUCCCAGUGCAUCCCAGCCUCUCCCAGUGCAUCCCAGCCUCGUCCAGUGCAUCCCAGCCUCUCCCAGUGCAUCCCAGCCUCGUCCAGUGCAUCCCAGCCUCUCCCAGUGCAUCCCAGCCUCUCCCAGUGCAUCCCAGCCUCUCCCAGUGCAUCCCAGCCUCUCCCAGUGCAUCCCAGCCUCUCUCAGUCCACUCCAGCCUCUCCCAGUGCAUCCCAGCCUUGUCCAGUGCAUCCCAGCCUCUCCCAGUGCAUCUCAGCCUCUCCAGUGCAUCCCAGCCUCUCUCAGUUCACUUCAGCCUCUCCCAGUGCAUCACAGCCUCUCCCAGUGCAUCCCAGCCUCUCCCAGUGCAUCCCAGCCUCUCCCAGUGCAUCCCAGCCUCUCCCAGUGCAUCCCAGCCUCUCCCAGUCCACCCCAGCCUCUCCCAGUCCACCCCAGCCUCUCCAAGUGCUUCCCAGCCUAUCCCAGUCCACCCCAGCCUCUCCCAGUCCACCCCAGCCUCUCUCAGUCCACUCCAGCCUCUCCCAGUGCAUCCCAGCCUCUCCCAGUCCACCCCAGCCUCUCCCAGUGCAUCCCAGCCUCUCCCAGUCCACCCCAGCCUCUCCCAGUGCAUCCCAGCCUCGUCCAGUGCAUCCCAGCCUCUCCCAGUGCAUCCCAGCCUCUCCCAGUCCACCCCAGCCUCUCCCAGUGCAUCCCAGCCUCUCUCAGUCCACUCCAGCCUUUCCCAGUGAAUCCCAGCCUCGUCCAGUGCAUCCCAGCCUCUCCAUGUGCAUCCCAACCUCUCCCAGUGCAUCCCAGCCUCUCUCAGUCCACUCCAGCCUCUCCCAGUGCAUCACAGCCUCUCCCAGUGCAUCCCAGCCUCUCCCAGUGCAUCUGAAACAUUUAUUCCCUGUAAAAACACUUUGUAAAUUAUUGUAAAUUAUUAUUAUAGAAACAGCUUUAAAAUAGCCUAAAUUUUAAAUAAAUUAAGUAAAACACA